CGGUUGGGGGGCGGGGGUCUCAGGCAUGGUUCGGGGCUCCCGCCUCCGAAAUCCCUGAGGUGGGAGCCAAGCCGGCGGAAUGUCAUCUCAAGUAUGGCUCUGCUGUGACGGGAGUGGGGGAAAUGUACUCUGCAUAUGCUCAGAGGCACUUCUUAUUGAUGGAUCGGGGAGCUUUGAAAACCUCAUUUUUUUUCAGCCGGGAUGGCUCCCAGAUGGAAAAAAAGGAGGGCCGUCCCCGGGUCGGCCCCUUCACUCGCGCCCGCCUUCUUACGGCCUCCUUUUGCCCGGUUGCACGCCCUUCUUCACCUGUUGAAUGCCCGCCUGCUCCAUGCCUGCAGCCGCCGUGCUUUCUAAUGGAAACAGCCUUUCUCUGAGGUUGCAGCCCGCCAAGGCCAGUUUUGCAACAGGUGACCCUACUCUAGUCAGUUGUCCUUCAAGAAUGGGUGAUGUCCUUGCUUAUGAAGCAGAACUACUUGGCAUUGUGAAGGAGUAUUUAGAAUUUGCAGAAUUUGAAGAUACUGUGAAAACAUUUACAAAGGAAUGCAAAAUAAAAGGAAAGCCAUUGCCAAAAACAGGAGACAGUUCUGUCAGGGACUCCAAGGUGCUAAUAAUUCAGGAUCUGCUCACUUCCUUUACUGAUGGAGACCAGGCCGCUUUCUUCGACCUCUGGGAAGGGCAUGUUCCCUCCUCCAUCCGAGACAACGAGGCUGUGGCCCAGAAGUUGGAGUUCUACCUUCACAUCCAUUUUGCCACCUUCCUCUUCAAGCACACCGUGGGAAAACCGAACAAAGCUGCUUUGGAUAAAAGGAUUUCGUGUUUUAAAACCUACCUGGAGACCAAAGGGGCCGCCCUGAGCCAGACCACGGAAUUCCUGCCCUUCUACGCCUUGCCCUUUGUUCCCAACCCUACGAUCCACCCAUCUUUCCAGGAACUGUUCCAGGAUGCUUGGGAGGCUGAUCUAAAAAUGAGGUUGGAAGAAUUCCUGUCUGUGACUCUGAAAGCCAGUAAUACCCCACGGCUUCUUACAUUAUAUAAGGAGAACACACAGUGCAAUCAAGAGAUGCUGCAGCAGCUACAUCAGCAGCUGGUGGAGUCUGAGCGCAAAACCAUGACCUAUCUCAAGCGGUUCAACAAAAUCCAGGCAGACUAUCACAACCUCAUUGGAGUCACGGCGGAGUUGGUGGAUUCCCUCGAGGCCACGGUUAAUGGCAAAAUGAUCACCCCAGAAUAUCUACAGAGUGUCUGCGUUCGUUUGUUUAGCAACCAGAUGAGACAGAGCAUAGCCCACAGCAUAGACUUCACAAGGCCUGGAACAGGAUAUUGCUGUGUGAGCCCGUGUGAUGAUGAAUAUGCUUCAACAAUGUUGAGAGCUUCCUUAGUUCCUGUGAAAAUUGACGAAGUGCCCCUCUUGCCAUCUCUGGAUUAUGAGAAGCUGAAGAAAGAUCUUGUGGAGGGGAGUGACCGCCUGAAAGCUUUCUUACUGCAGGCCUUGCGUUGGCGUCUGACAACAUCCCAUCCUGGGGAGCAGAGGGACACAGUUCUUCAGGCUUAUAUCAACAAUGACCUUUUGGAUUGCUACAGCAACGUCCAGAGAAAUGUGUUAAUGCUGACACAGUCCAAUUGCGAAGUGGUUCGUCAGUAUAUGGCCAGGCUUAUCAAUGCUUUUGCCUCGCUUGCGGAAGGUCGGCUCUACCUUUCCCAGAGUCCCCGCUUGCUCCGAAGUUUGGAAGAGAGGUUGAAAACCGAAGACAAGUAUUCCCUUACCCGAGAGAACGUCCUGGGGGCUUUGCAGAAACUCAGCCUCAGGCGAGCCUUGCAGUCCGCUAUGAUCAAGGAUGGGCUGAUCCCGUGGCUGGUGGAUGCUCUGAAGGAUACAGACAGCAUGUCCGAUUACACGUUGGCUUACUCUGUUGCCCUGCUCAUGAACCUGUGCCUUCGGAGUGCAGGGAAGAAGACGUGUGCAAAAACAGCAAACGAGGUGCUCAGAGUGCUCUCAGAUCUUCUUGGUCAUGAGAACCAUGAGAUACAUCCCUAUGUGAACGGGGCGCUUUACAGCAUCCUCGCUCUUCCAUCCAUACGAGAGGAAGCUCGAGCCAUGGAAAUGGAAGACAUUCUGCGGUGCUACACUGAGGAAGGAAACGCCGACAUGAUCCAGCAGAUUGAGUUUAUUAUCAAGCAGCUUAAAUCAGAUGAGCCCGUGGAUGACAGUGCCGAGUCUGAUGAUGAAGAGAAGGAAGAUAAUGAUGAACUCUCAGAGGUAAACUGGCACUGCACUGGGAAGCUCUACUUAUCCAUCACCCCAGAAAGAGUGGAACGUCCGGUCAGGGAAAGCAGCAGAGAUCAUGACCAAUACCCCAAGAGCCAAAAAGAAGCCGGUUCCCAGCGUUCACCAGAGCGUAGAUGAGCCUCUCCAGACACCGGUAACGCCUGCCCAUCACAGGGCUGCCUACCCAACGUAAGUCUGGGCAAACAGAUCCAAAGCUGGAACCAAAGCGUUUUCUUCCACCCUUCUUUCUCCUACAAAGAUUUGUAGAAAUAUUCCGAUGAAAUAAAACCUUCCAGAUUAGA